AUGAUGUGGAUAACCAUCCUCGCCGUCCCAGCCCUCUACGGCCUCCAUUCCUUCGCCACCCUCCUACACAACCGCUCGCUUGCCCGCAAGACACAGCUGCCAUACAUCCUCUUCCCCGUCUUCGAAGCAAACCUCCUCUAUCUCUCCCUCUUCGGUACCAGAUGGUUCCAGUAUAUAAUAUCCAACUGGCUACCUGAAGGCGUGGCGGACUAUAUCCACGAUAGCGUCUUCCGGAACCGCUGGGCUGUUAAGGAUCGCAUGGCGAAGAGGUAUGGCGGUGUUUAUCUCUAUGUCACGCCUGGUGGGAUAAGCUGCAAUGUUGCAGAUGCGGAUGUAGUUGAACAGGUUGUCAAAGCCAGACAUUCCUUUUUAAAGCCGGUUAAGCAUUUAGAGGGGUUCGAUAUGUAUGGGAGUAGUAUUUUUACGGCGGAAGGAAGCCAGUGGUCGUAUCACCAUCGAAACACCGCGCCGGCGUUCAACGACAAGAACAACGCUCUCGUCUGGGCGGAGAGUAUCCGACAGGCCGGCGAAAUGGUCGAGUACUGGGGUGAAAGAUACUCCGAUUCCUCGGAUUCAGUAUCAAGUUUUGUCGUGCCCGAUGCACGGGAAGAUAUACUCAAGCUGUCACUUAACAUCAUCUGCGGCGCUGGAUUCGGGGUGAAGCUGCCCUUCAGGCCCGCUUCCAAAGGCACGACAGACGAUGCCAAAGAUCUCUUCAAAGACGCAGCUACUCCAUCGCCAGGCUAUUCCUUCACAUUCAGAGGUGUAAUGGAGUAUAUCAAUAGGUCGAUGAUGUCAGUCUUUGUCGCUAACAGUAUCCUGCCGAAAUGGAUUCCGCGGUUUACCCUGCCAUUCCUGAAGAAGGAUUUCGCAGCCCAUGAAGACCUAGGAAAUUAUCUCCAAGCCCUAGUGAAGGACGCGGAGAAAAGCGAGUCCGAGACUCAUAAUCUCCUAGAGCGAAUUGUCCGGUCUCGACGAGAGGAACAAGAAAUAACCUCCAAGCGCAACCCCGGGCUGUCUGAUGCGGAGAUAUUGGGCAACGUAUUCAUUUUCUCCAUCGCAGGUCACGAAACGACAGCGACAACGUUGCGAUUUGCAUUGGCCCUUCUAUCCAUCUACCCUGAUGUUCAAGAAGAACUGUACAAUGAACUGCAAACAGUGCUGCGUAAUGAGCCAGAUGAUCCUGCGGAAUGGGACUAUGCCACAGUGUACCCCAGACUGGUUACUCCACUUUGUAUCAUGCUUGAGACGCUCCGCUUGUACCCUCCUGCUCCUAGCAUUCCCAAGUUAACGGCCAGCUCCGGCGCGGACAUAACGUAUAACGACGAGAUACACCAUCUGCCAGCGGAAGUCCGCGUUAACUUAAAUAGCAACGCUCUUCACUAUAGUGAAAGACACUGGGGGUCAAAUGUGAGUGCUUUCAACCCCAGCCGAUGGGACAAACGCAAUGCCGAGAGCUAUCUCGCGAGAAAUGACGGCCUUGAAGGGCUCUCCGGCCCAGGGCUCGAGUCGAGCGAAAUCCACAAGCCCGAGCGCGGAGCAUAUAUUCCAUUCAGCGAUGGAAUGAGAGGGUGUAUUGGGAGGAAGUUUGCGCAGGUAGAAUUCAUAGCUACUCUUGCUGUUUUAUUCCGAGAGUAUCGAGUGACUCCGACGAGGCUUCACGGAGAAUCAAACGAUGACUCUACGAGAAGAGUAGAGAAGGCUCUACGCGAGAGUUCGGUGUCGCUUACCUUGGCCAUUAUGGACAGGGUUCCUCUAACAUUCCAUAGGAGGGUUACUUCAUGA